CAGGGGAGAAACCAUAUAAAUGAUUGGAAUGUGGAAAGAGUGGACACUUAAAUUCACACCAGAGGAUCCACACUGGCCAGUAACCAUACAAAUGUGUUGAAUGAGGCAAGAGCUUCAGUGUCAGUGGAUCAUCUAGAAACCAUCAAAGAAUCCAUACAGGGGAGAAACCAAUUAAGUGCAUGGAGUGUGGAAAGAGCUUCAAUCAGAGCAAUAGUUUUAAUUUACAUCAAAGGAUCCACACAGGGGAGAAACCCUUUAUGUGUGAGGAAUGUGGGAAGAGCUUCAUUCAGAAGGGUUACCUGAAUACACAUAAAAGAAUCCACACAGGGGAGAAACCCUUUAUGUGUGAGGAAUGUGGGAAGAGCUUCAGUCAGAAGGGUUACCUGAAUACACAUAAAAGAAUCCACACAGGGGAGAAACCCUUUACAUGCGAGGAAUGUGAGAAAAGCUUCAGUUUCAGCAGUAGCCUCAGUUCACAUCAAAGGAUCCACACUGGGGAGAAACCAUAUAAAUGCAUGGAAUGUGGAAAGAGUUUCAGCAACAGAAGAUCAUAUAGAGACCACCAAAGAAUCCAUACAGGGGAGAAACCAUUUAAGUGCAUGGAAUGUGGAAAGAGCUUCAAUCGGAGCUAUAGCUUUAAUUUACAUCUAAGGACUCACACUGGGGAGAAACCCUUUAAAUGCCUGGAAUGUGGGAUGAGCUUCUGUCAGAGUGGAGGUCUACGUGCCCACCAAAGGAUCCACACAGGGGAGAAACCCUUUACGUGUGAGGAAUGUGGGAAGAGCUUCAGUCAGAGGGAUUACCUGAAUACACAUAAAAGAAACCACACUGGAGAGAAACCAUAUAAAUGCAUGGAAUGUGGAAAGAGUUUCCGCGACAGAGGAUCAUACAGAGACCAUCAAAGAAUCCAUACAGGGGAGAAACCAUUUAAGUGCAUGGAAUGUGGAAAGAGCUUCAAUAAGAGCAGUCAUUUUAAUUUACAUCAAAGGACUCACACUGGGGAGAAGCCCUUUGAAUGCCUAGAAUGUGGGACGAGCUUCUGUCAGAGUGGAGGUCUACGUGCACACCAAAGGAUCCACACAGGGGAGAAACCCUUUACGUGUGAGGAAUGUGGGAAGAGCUUCAGUGAGAGCAGUCACUUGAGUAGACAUCAAAGAAUCCACACUGGGGAGAAACCCUUUAAAUGCCUAGAAUGUGGGACGAGCUUCCGUCAGAGUGGAGGUCUACGAAUACAUCAAAGGAUCCACACAGGAGAGAAACCGUUUAGGUGCAUGGAAUGUGGAAAGAGCUUCUGCCGGAGUGACGGUCUACAUUCACAUCAAAGGACCCACACCAAGUGAGAAGCCUCAUAAAUGCAUGGAACAUGGGAAGACCUUCAGCUGCCUUGAACUGCAGGGCUUCUCUGUUAUGAAAUAACAAACAUGCUUAUUCAUUUAUGUCCAUGUGCAGUAAGGAAGGUCAUGAGAGUGGGGAGGGUCCUUUCCUGAGAAGCAUUGCUUUUGGCCUCCCUGGCGUAACCCAUGUAGAACAGCCCAAUCGUAGAAUCCAGAAGCUAUAUCACCUCACUACUUUUG